AUGGAAAUCGAUGUGUGUCUUGAUCCAAGGACACAUGACUCCUUCGAUUCAACAGUGUCUCGCUCACACAAACAUAAAUCUUCCAUAUGCAGACGUUUCGUGUUCGCCGUUGUUCAUCUUACCCACCAGAAACUCAAUCCGACCGAAUUGGAUACACGCCUGAAUCCACCGACCCCUCUACAACUUUGCUUUGCAAUGCGUCGGUCAAUCGAUUCAUCGAUCAUUGACAAUUACGGUGACCUUUCCGGGGCACGUAUACUUAGCUAUGACCUGUUAUUGUGCCGCAAAAAUCCGGCUACUGACACGCAUUUGAAAACACAGGAUCUUACCUGGUCAUUGGUUUUAUCCGUUCCGGGACCACACAUUCCGCAAUUGCUCAGUUCACUGAGUUUUAUGACGACUCAGGGCGGUGGGGAUGAACUGCUGGGAUUGUUGCUUGAUUCUACUGGACUGAGCAAAUCUGACUGUAUAUUGUACGUGGAUGUGAUUGGUGUUUAUCGUACAUUGUUCGAACUGCCUCUUGACCAUUUUGUGGAGAAAAAACCGUUGAAAGCUGAUUAA